AUGCCCAGGCUUCCCCAAGACAAUCAAGAGUAACUCCAGAAACAUUUCCCCAGACCAUUGUGGAAGCAAUGUCUGCCUCUACCUAGGGCUGAGGGAUAUAAUGCAAGCAUUCACCAAACUACAGGAAAAGAAGAGAGCAACAAAGCUGUGUGUGAUAUCAAAUUAAGACAAUCUCCUCCUUCACAGAUCCCAGAUACACCCGCUGCCCUGAAGCUGCUCAGCCUCCUUUCUAGCACACUCUCCGGCAUCGCGCAGUUCUUCGCUCACCUCCUCCGGAGACCCCCACCUGAGACUCCCCAGCGGAGCCUGGACUUCUCCCCCUGGCUUCCCGCCCUGCAAGGGGCUGGGCUCUCUGGCGGAAGCGAGGAGAGGCCAGGCCGCCUUUCGCUCCUGCUCCGGGCAGCUCUGACACUGCCUGGCCGACGCCCAGGAGAACGCCGGCCCCGGGAAGAGGACGCCAGCGCUGGGCAGCGCUCGUUCAUGCCCCUGAUGGGGUCAGAACGGAUGGAGAUGCGGAAGCGGCAGAUGUGUGCAGCCCUGGAGACAUCAGAUUCCCUCCCAGACCAACAUGAAAUGGGGAACCGAGGAUCCAAUGCUUGCUGCUUCUGCUGGUGCUGCUGCUGUAGCUGUUCUUGUCUCACUGUGAGAAACCAAGAACAGAGACCCAGGAGGGCUUCCCAUGAACUCAGAACAGAUGACACUCCAAACCAUGAAGAAAGCCCCACUCCUACUCUGGAAGAGGUGAGCGCCUGGGCACAGUCCUUUGACAAGCUAAUGCUCACUCCCGCGGGAAGGAAUGCUUUCCGUGAGUUCCUCCGAACGGAAUUCAGUGAAGAAAACAUGCUUUUCUGGAUGGCAUGUGAGGAACUGAAAAAAGAAGCUAAUAAAAGCAUUAUUGAGGAAAAGGCAAGGAUCAUAUAUGAAGACUACAUUUCUAUUCUUUCUCCUAAAGAGGUCAGUUUAGACUCCCGAGUAAGAGAAGUCAUCAAUAAGAACAUGGUGGAGCCAUCCCAACACAUAUUCGAUGACGCACAACUUCAGAUAUACACCUUAAUGCACAGAGACUCAUAUCCCCGAUUCAUGAAUUCUGCUGUCUAUAAAGAUUUGCUCCAGUCCUUAUCUGAGAAAUCAGCGGAAGCAUAG